AACCGUCCGGUUGUCAUUUCUCGGCCCUUUUUUAAACAAAAUUCCAGUGUUCAAUCAAAAUUUUUAAUAAAUAGGCCGCGCGCAUCGAUCUCGACGUUAUCCAUCCGAAAGCGUUGUUUUAAAAUUUUAAACGAACCAAAAAAAGAGGUCGUCAGCGCGUCCACCCGCUUUUAAUAUUUCCAUCGUCGUCAAUUUUCUUUUUAACUGAGAAUCAAAAACGGCACCACCGAGACGCUGAUGUUGUGUACCCUCAUUUCUAUGUCUCUAUGUGCGGGAAGUACUCCGUGAACGGUUGCAUGGACAAGUUCGCAGGAUGGGGCCCGCCCGGAGACCUGAUCGGAGGAAAUGUAAUGACUAUGGAUGAGAAGUAUGUGGAGAGUAUAUGGGCCUUAUUGAAGAAUGCUAUCCAAGAGAUUCAAAAGAAGAACAAUUCGGGGUUGAGUUUCGAGGAGCUCUACCGCAAUGCGUACACCAUGGUCCUGCACAAGCAUGGCGAACGCCUUUACACCGGCUUAAAGGAGGUCGUAACACAGCAUCUCGAAGGAAAGGUCCGUGAAGACGUUUUAAAGUCGUUGAAGAACAAUUUCCUGCUGAUAUUAAAUCAGGCUUGGAACGACCAUCAAACAUCGAUGGUGAUGAUACGUGACAUCCUAAUGUAUAUGGACCGUGUGUAUGUACAACAAAACGAUGUCGACAAUGUAUAUAAUCUUGGUUUAAUUAUUUUUCGAGAUCAGGUUGUUCGAUAUGGUUGUAUUCGAGAUCAUCUACAAGAUACAUUGCUGGAUAUGGUGAUGAGAGAAAGACGCGGUGAAAAAGUCGAUCGUAUCUCAAUAAAAAAUGCUUGUCAAAUGUUAAUGAUUUUGGGUAUAGAUGGUAGAUCGGUUUACGCGGAAGAUUUCGAAAGACCUUUUCUAGAACAAUCUGCCGAAUUUUACAAGGUUGAAAGUCAAAAGUUUUUGGCCGAAAAUAGCGCCUCUGUGUACAUAAAAAAGGUGGAGGCGCGAAUCAACGAAGAAUCGGAACGCGCCAAACACUAUUUAGACGAAUCGACCGAACCGAGAAUAGUGGGCGUUGUCGAACAGGAACUCAUUGAGAAACACAUGAAAACCAUCGUCGAAAUGGAAAAUUCCGGCGUCGUUCAUAUGCUAAAAAAUCAAAAAACCGAAGAUUUGGCGUGCAUGUACAAGCUGUUUGGACGCGUUGGGGACGGCUUGAAAACGAUGGCCGAUUGCGUCAGCCAUUACCUCCGCGAAGAAGGAAAAGCGCUCGUCCAAGAAGAAGAACAUCAAUCUUCAACGAACGCAAUCACUUUCGUCCAAUCACUACUCGACUUGAAGGAUCGUUUCGAUCAUUUUUUAAUCAACUCCUUUUCGAACGACAAGAUAUUCAAACAGAUGAUCGCGUCGGAUUUCGAACACUUCCUCAAUUUGAACCCGAAAUCACCCGAGUAUUUAUCGCUUUUCAUUGAUGAUAAAUUAAAGAAGGGCGUUAAGGGAAUGUCCGAACACGAUAUUGAGGUUGUGCUUGAUAAGUCUAUGGUUUUAUUUAGGUUCUUACAAGAAAAGGAUGUUUUCGAACGGUACUAUAAGCAACAUCUUGCGAAGAGAUUAUUAUUGAAUAAGUCGGUUAGUGAUGAUUGGGAAAAAAAUAUGAUAUCAAAACUUAAGACCGAAUGUGGUUGCCAAUUUACAUCAAAAUUAGAGGGGAUGUUCAAAGAUAUGACAGUAUCAAACACGAUUAUGGAUGAAUUUAAAGAACACGUUGCCAAAAAUGAGACAAAUUUAGGGGGAGUCGAUUUGUUUAUGAGGGUGCUAACGACCGGAUUUUGGCCCACCCAAAGUGCGACCCCCAAAUGUCACAUACCAGCAGUUCCGUUAGCAGCUUUCGAAUGUUUUCGAAGAUUUUAUUUAGCUAAACAUAGCGGUCGCCAAUUAACUUUACAACCGCAAUUGGGUAACGCAGAUUUAAACGCAGUCUUUUACGGUCCGAAAAAAGAAGAAAGCGAUAAAGAAGGUGCGUGCUCAUCUUCGACAACGAGCGUCGUUUCAAAUCGUUCGGGUCCUCGAAAACAUAUAAUCCAAGUUUCAACGUAUCAAAUGGUUGUUUUAAUGCUGUUUAAUAAUCACGAGAAGCUUUCUUACGAAGAGAUUCAAAAUGAAACGGAUAUACCCGAAAGAGAUUUAAUCAGGGCUUUGCAAUCGCUCGCGAUGGGUAAACCAACGCAACGAAUACUCAUUAAAAAUCCAAAAACGAAGGAUAUCGAGCCGUCUCACGAAUUCUUCGUAAACGAUUCGUUUACGUCGAAAUUACACCGCGUAAAAAUACAAACGGUUGCCGCGAAAGGCGAGAGCGAACCCGAACGAAGAGAAACGAGAAAUAAAGUCGAUGAGGAUCGUAAACACGAAAUAGAAGCCGCCAUAGUGAGAAUAAUGAAAAGUAGGAAAAGGAUGGCGCAUAAUUUACUCGUUACGGAAGUUACUGAACAAUUGAAGAGUAGGUUUUUGCCGUCGCCGGUUAUUAUAAAGAAAAGGAUUGAGGGUUUGAUCGAAAGGGAGUAUCUCGCUCGGACUCCUGAAGACCGAAAAGUGUACACCUACGUCGCGUAAACGAGACCGGACAGUUCUAGACGUUCUCGAGUGAUCUCUCUUUGUAACGUUUAAACUCUUUGAACGAAAUAAAAAAUUAAUUAUUAUAAUAAAAGUAAAAAAAAUUAUUGAUUAAAUAAAUGGAAAAACGAGAUCAGCCCACGAAGAGAUCUGCUGAAAGAAGAUGUUUUAUGAUGGAAAGUUUUGCGGAAUCUCAUUUCGGACGGUGUUUUUAUUACGAGUGCGUAACCCGGUUAAAAGGAUAAGAGAUAGGAUUGAUUGUACCAACUUCUAGUAUCAUUUUAAAUAAAUUAUUCCAAAAUACAGAUGCCGUUAA